GGUCCGAAACUGAAGCAGAAGCAAUGAGCAGAAGGCAACAAAAUAGGUAAGCUGAGAAUCAGCCACAACUCAAUCAAACCUCAACGCUUCUACGAAGUGAAAGAAUGUUCUGGAACUUCAAUUUUUCACAAUAAAACUAAACCCUAGCUACCAUCUCUUCCUUUGCUUCGGUUCUCUUGGCCUCCUUUCCUUAUCCUCGCCCAUACUCACUGAAUAAACAAUAAUAAAAUGGCAACAUCUAAUGCUCUCUCCAGAGCUUCCAUUCUUUGCUCUCCUAAACAGGGAGGGCUGAGGAGGAGAGGCAAUCAGCAAAACAACUCAAGGCUGAAUUAUGGGCUAUCAAGCAGAAGAUUUUCUGUGCGAGCAAAUGCCAAGGAUAUUGCAUUUGAUCAGAAAUCCAGAGCUGCCCUCCAAUCCGGAAUUGAUAAGCUUGCCGAUGCUGUUGGCCUUACUCUUGGUCCUCGGGGUAGAAAUGUUGUCUUAGAUGAAUUUGGAAGUCCAAAGGUAGUUAAUGAUGGGGUAACAAUUGCGCGAGCUAUUGAGCUACCUGAUCCCAUGGAAAAUGCUGGUGCGGCUCUCAUCAGAGAGGUAGCAAGUAAAACUAAUGACUCGGCUGGUGAUGGAACAACAACUGCAUCAGUUCUUGCACGGGAAAUAAUCAAACUAGGGCUUUUGAGUGUCACCUCUGGAGCAAAUCCAGUUUCUAUAAAAAGGGGAAUUGAUAAAACUGUGCAGGGCUUGGUAGAAGAGCUAGAGAAGAAGGCCAGACCUGUUAAAGGUCGUGAUGACAUUAAAGCCGUUGCGUCAAUUUCUGCUGGAAAUGAUGAACUCAUUGGCACAAUGAUUGCCGAUGCAAUCGACAAGGUUGGGCCUGAUGGUGUUUUAUCAAUUGAGUCUUCAUCUUCCUUUGAGACCAUGGUUGAAGUCGAAGAAGGAAUGGAGAUAGAUAGAGGUUACAUCUCUCCUCAAUUUGUUACAAAUCCAGAGAAGUUAAUUUGUGAAUUUGAGAAUGCUAGAGUGUUGAUUACUGAUCAAAAGAUUACUGCAAUCAAAGACAUAAUUCCCUUGCUAGAAAAGACUACUCAAUUGAGAGCUCCUUUGCUUAUAAUUGCUGAGGAUGUAACUGGUGAGGCUUUGGCUACCCUUGUGGUGAACAAGCUACGUGGUGUACUCAAUGUUGCUGGUAUCAAGGCUCCUGGUUUUGGCGAAAGGAGGAAAGCUAUGCUUCAAGAUAUUGCCAUUUUAACAGGAGCUGAAUUUCAAGCUAGUGAUCUUGGUUUGAGCAUUGAAAACACAUCAAUUGAGCAGCUUGGUUUGGCCAGGAAGGUUACAAUCAGCAAGGAUUCCACAACCAUCAUUGCUGAUGCUGCAUCGAAAGAUGAAUUGCAAGCUAGGAUUGCACAAUUGAAAAAAGAGUUGUCUGAGACUGAUUCUGUUUAUGACUCAGAGAAACUGGCUGAAAGAAUUGCCAAAUUGUCUGGUGGAGUUGCUGUUAUCAAAGUGGGUGCUGCAACGGAGACUGAGCUUGAGGAUCGCAAACUACGCAUUGAGGAUGCAAAGAAUGCAACUUUUGCUGCCAUAGAGGAAGGAAUUGUGCCUGGUGGUGGUGCUGCUUUGGUUCACCUCUCAACUUGUGUUCCGGCAAUCAAGGACAAAAUUGAAGAUGCAGAUGAGCGGUUAGGUGCUGACAUUGUGCAGAAGGCCCUGCUAUCACCAGCAUCAUUGAUUGCUCAAAAUGCUGGAAUUGAGGGUGAGGUGGUUGUGGAGAAGCUAAAGGCUAGUGAAUGGGAGAUUGGCUAUAAUGCCAUGACAGACAAGUAUGAGAAUUUGAUGGAGGCUGGAGUCAUUGAUCCGGCAAAGGUGACAAGAUGUGCUCUGCAGAAUUCUGCAUCUGUUGCUGGAAUGGUCUUGACCACCCAGGCCAUUGUUGUAGAAAAGCCCAAGCCCAAGACACCUGCAGCUGCUGCUACACAAGGCCAAUAUGCUGUGUAAUCCUCGGGAUCUUAGCCCUUGUUAGGAUUUCAAAUAUGAGUGUUUUUCUGCGGCAUAUUAGUUUAGAAGGAUAAAGUGUUUGAUAUUAGUGCCCCUUCUGUACGGAUUAGUCAUAUUUUUAGUGUAGGGUUACUCUACUAGGGCACAACACCAUGCGGACUGAAAUUGUUGCUAACAGAUAUUGCAUAAAAAUCUAAAGCACUGUAAUCUCUUUA